UUGAUGUUGGAAGCAGCCGAAAGCGGUGUUUUGUAGGAAUAUUCUCGUUAACUUAGUCCUAAAACAACGUGAAUCGAGUUUGGUGUUCAGAAAAGAACUGUGCUUCAUACCAGUCUGUCACAAUAUUUUCUAAUGUGAUCUGUCACUGCCUACACCAUGAAGGGGAAAAGACAGAAGAAUCGCAAGAAGUGCCUAUUAUUUUACAAGAACUUUUUCAAGUUUAGUCCACCAUACAGUGUAUUGAUUGAUGGGACAUUCUGUAAGGCAGCUCUCCAGAACAAGAUCAACAUUAGGGAUCAAAUGCCUAAAUAUCUGGAUGCUGAAGUCAAGUACUUCACUACAAAAUGUGUACUUGCCGAAUGUGAAGCAUUAGGAACCUUAUUGUAUGGCCCACUGAAAGUUCUACGACAGUUUCAUGUCCAGCCUUGUAAACAUGACACUCCAAAACCAGCUACAAAAUGUAUACGAUCAGUGAUGAAAAGAAACAAACAUAAGUUCUUUGUUGCUACUCAGGACCCAGAGUUUACCGAGUUAAUUCGAUCAUUAUCGGGAGUUCCACUGUUGUUUAUAGCCUUCAACACAAUUAUUCUGGAAUCACCAGCAGAGAUGUCUAAAAGUGUUGCUCAUGAAAAACUAGAAAGAAGACUUGCUCCAACAGACUUUGCUAUGAGUCAGAUCAAGGAGCUGAAGCGAGAAACCUUUGGUGAAGAAAUAGAGAAAAAGAAGAAGAAAAAACAUAAAAUCAAAGGAAAAAAUCCCUUGUCUUGUAAAAAGAAAAAGAAAAGAACUGCUGAAGAGAUUCAAAUGUUAAAACAGAAAAAGAAAAGAAAAAAGACAAAGAAACAAAAAGUGACUUUAGAAACAAUAGCAGCUAUGGAAAAUGUAUCUUGAUUAACAGUAAUAGACCUGCUUGUACGUACAAAUUCAUUAGAGGUUUUGUGUACAAACAUAGUUGAAAGUAAGGAGCUGUAUGCAACAUAUCUCUUCUUACACUCACAUAACACUUGUUACUUGGAGGCAAGAAUUAUGUACAAGCUAUUUCUUGUUACAUUUACUAAGAUUUUGGUUAUUUGAAAGAAAGUAGCUACAGUGCGUCCAAGAUGAAAAGUCAAGUUUUCGUGUGACCCUCGCAACAAAAACUUACCAAGCGUGUUCAGUUUCGGUGUCCUGGACACGCUAGUAGUCCUGAACGGACACCAUGAUUGCUUAUUUAAGUCUGCACUGCAAUGCGCACAUGGUGAUUUGCGGUGUCCGGACAUCAUGCGUCUCCGUGUUCAAUUGAUAAAUCAAUAAUAAUGGUGUCAUGUGUAAUUUCUAUUAACGAAAUGCAGAUGUUUUCUCUUAAAACUGAGUCUUGUAGGUAUAAAUAAAAAAAGAAAUUAUUUGAUUUGUUUAACGUUUAUGUUCAUUAUGUGAAAAACAAUAGUCACGUCGUACAUUUCAGGCACUUGUCGUAAACUUAAGUAUAAUGAUAUUAUCACUCUAUAUGUUGAUCACGUGUUUUCUGUUUAUUAUAUACCCGUUGAAAAUACUGUUCUUGUUAUUAACAGGUUGCUGUAGUUCAGUGCUGUUUGAGAUGAAUGCGAAAAGUUCAAAGUUUUUUAUUUGUUCAUUAGCUUGACUAUUCAAAGAAUAGGUAGAGCUGUUGGACUCACCCAUGUGUUGGCAUCCUGAUUUGGUUAAGUUUUUAUAUGUAAGCUGGUAUCUCAGUAACCACUAAUGGGAAUGGAUUGAAACUUCACACACUUAUUCACAGUAAUAAACUGACUUGCAGUGCACAAAUUCCAUAACUCUAUUUUGCUUUUUUACAAAAUUAUGCCCCUUUUUCGACUUAGAAAUUUUUGGUUAAGGUUUUAUAUGUAAGCUGGUAUCUCAGUAUCCACUUAUGGGAAUGGAUUGAAACUUUACACACUUGUUCACUGUCAUGAUCUGACAUGCAGUGCACAGGUUCCAUAACUCUACUUUGCAUUUUUACAAAAUUAUGCCCCUUUUUCGACUUAGCAGUUUUUGGUUAAGUUUUUGUAUGUAAGCUGGUAUCUCAGUACCCACUGAUGAGAAUGGAUUGAAACUUCACACACUUGUUUACUGCAAUGAUCUGACUUGCAGCGCACAUGUUCCAUAACUGUACUUUGCAAUUUUACAAAACUAUGCCUCUUUUUCAACUUAGCAUUUUUUGGUUAAGUUUUUGUAUGUAAGCUGGUAUCUCAAUGGAUUGAAAGUUCACACAAUUGUCCAUUGUCAUGAGCUGAUACGCAUUUUACAUGUUCCAUAACCCUGUUUUGCAAUUUAACAAAAUUAUGCCCCUUUUCAACUUUAAUAUUCAUUCUAUUGAUAAGGCUGUUGAAUAGUCGAGUGUUGCUGUCCUCCGACAGCUCUUGUUAUAUUUAAUAAUAGUAUUGAUAUUGUUUUACGUAAAUAUUAAAUACAGGAAUAAAUUUCAGCGAUGUUAGAAGUACUGGUUUGAGUCGUAAAUUCGGCCAGGUCGUAAAUAUUCGGCCACCCACUUUAAACCUUAUUUUGGAGCCAGAUGCUUGAGAAUGCAUCUGUGUCAUCACAAGCGCAUGCGUAGGCAACAAAGUCGGCAAAAACAACAAGUUGAGGUGAGUAGAAAAAAAGUUAUCCUUACCUAAAGUUGCGUACUCUAAAUAGUAAAUAUUUUGUCUCGCGGGUCGCGUGACGUCAUCGCAUGCGCUUGUUUAUGCUAAGGCCCGGCAAGGGUUAAUUCAAAUUUAUAAACAUAAAAACAUGCGCUAACUAGCAUAAAACGCGUAAAAACCAAGUAAAUGAAUGUAUUGUCCCUCAACGUCUUUGAGUUUACAUGAUAUGCGCGGUAAAAUCUACGUUGUUUCACGUUGACGUCAAUUCCUUUUGAAUUAUCCAUACUGGGCCCUUAUACGUUUACGCUUUGCAACGGACCUGCAUAUAUAAAAAGGUGUUAUAACAGCACGUGAGCGCGAGAAUCUUUCUGUUAACACACGUUUUCUCUCUUGUUAAAACAAUACGGAAAAUAACAAGAACAGCAGUUUUUGCUAGAAUGUGUAAUAAAACAGUGACGUAAAAAUUCAACUACGUCAUGCCAGUGUGAGAAGAAUGACAGGCGCUUUUUAAAUCUCUGUUGGCAAAUAUUUCCCACGAGGUAUGCUGUUGAAAAUUGAUUGCAGUUGGUUGAUAAAAGAACAAUUUUGGCUGUUGCAUCGAUUUAUUUCCAACAAAAUGUUGAAAAUACAACCAACUUUAUGUUUAAAAAGUGGCCGAAUAUUUACAACCUCUAGAAGGUAUAAUGUGGAUGCUAAACCUGUCUGUUAUUUUUAGCGCGGUUGCAUUGUUUACUAUACUGUAAACGGCCGUUAAUGAUAACAAUCAAUUUUGCUUGUAUCAAAGCACAUAUGGUAGAAAUUUUGUACAAAUCAGUUGUAAAACGAAAGAAAUAUUUAUGAAAAACCGCAAAAAGUGGCCGAAUUUACGACUCGAACCAGUAAUUUACAUUUUUUCACGAUUUUAUUUGUUCAGUUUAUUCACUAAUAUUGUUUUACUUAAAAAUUAAAUAUGUAUGAUAUAUAUAGUAUUAAAUUUCAAUGAUUUUGUAGUAUUUUACUUUUUUUUAUAAUAGAUGUGAUAGAAUGUGAUCAUACUUUACGAUACCUGCAUGAAGCGUACGGGAUAUCAUUACAUUAUGCACAUGAAAUCGUGCAGCUUUAAUAUAACAUAACAGCUUUAAUGCAUCUGAAUUCUAAAUAAUGAAUGAAAGUAAUUUGUUACAGUAAUUCUUGCAACUUGCAUCGCAUUUGUAUUUAACAUGUGCCGACAAUAAUAAAUUGUUUCGCUUGAUUU